AUGGUGACACAGCCUUCUUCUUCUCUUCUUCAAGCUCCUCCAUCAAGCCCAAGUCCUCCACUUCAGUUGUCUAUUUUCCAAUCCUUCAGCCAAAUCCCACUUCAAAUCUCCCAAACUACCUUCAACAUGGCCGACGAAGCUACCAAGGCCCACCUCCGCACCAAGUUCGACAAGCUCACCGCCGACGACUUCAAGGAGGUUGCAGGCAACAAGGACGCCCUCGCCGCCAAGGUCGCCGAGAAGUACGGCAUCUCAAAGGAGGAGGCCACCAAGCAAGUCGAGGAUGGUUUCGCCGGCAAAUAA